AUGUCCCUCAAAUCAGCAGACGAGAGUAAGACACCUGUACGGAUUCUAAAAAGCACUAUGUUUGAUGAGUGUAAGAAGAUACAUACAGGAGUCGAGCGCCUUCUCGAACGAACAAACAUCGAGGGAAUGACACAGCCACAGCUGAAGUCUGCAUAUGAAGAUGUCGUCAAGAUACUCGACCAGUUUACCAACGCGAUCCAGAUUUGCGACGUCCACAUUCAUAGAUUGAAAACGACAAUCCUAAUGGAUCUAACAGAGCCCCGUUCAAUCCUUUUCCUACAAGAGAAGUGGAACAAAGCUCUCAUCGACAGAUAUCUAAAGUCAUUACGACAACUUCACAGCCUCGAGCGUAAGCUCAGAUACGCCAAAGAGGGGAAGGAGCUAUUUGCCCUACCGGAUUACAAUACUACUGCAUAUAUUCCAGCCCAUCCGGAUCACGAUAUAGAAUGCACCGGACGUACAUUUGUGAUCGCGCGCAUACUGUGGCUGAUGAAAAAGGCCGAGAGGAACCUGGAUACAUUCCCUGCCCGAGGUUAUCCACGCUACAUACGCCAGGGGACUUGGCAAGACGAUCCAGCUGAGCAGUGUCUGAUUCUACCACAAGACAAGAAAUGGAUGCUGGCCCCAUGUGAACAUGAGCUCCUAUGUCUACCCUCAUCUGAGGAAUGGUCGGCCUUGUUUUUGCACAUCGGCCAUCUGACUAUCCUCGAGUGGAAAUCUCUGGGUGAACCUUCGGCUAAUAUUAUGGAUAUCGGUAGGAGUAUGGGGGAUAUGAAGCUCGUCCAAGGCUUCACGGAACGCGCCACGGACGAAGCAGUAGAGGCUGGUUUCGAAGAGUGUGAGAUAUGCGGACGCAGCUUCUCCGAUCAGAUUGGACGAGAUGAUGUGGAGCCAGCUGUAAAGACGAUCUGUGGCCAUUAUAUAGGCGAGCAAUGCCUUCAGGCUUGGAUCAACACGCUCGCUGUCAACCAUAAAGAGAUGGAUGCAUCGUGUCCGAUGUGCAGGACUAAACUAUGUAUCGGAGCAUUUCCACCCAAGAUUCGAGACCGAGUCUUCGAGUUGGUAGAGUUUAUGCGUAAUGAUCCGGCAUUCGAUAGAGAGGUCGAUCGGUUUCUGUUGAGCGCGAAGGAGGGAGAUGUGAGGCAGUGCUACGGCCCUGAGCUCGGUGUCAUGCUUGCAAAGCUGUCUGUGAAGAUUAGCGAGGGGGAGAAGAUGCUGAAUAGCAUUCUCAACAGCAUCGACAAGUUACGAGGAGAAUGUAACAGGUGGGGGACGUUAUCGUAG